AUGAAAUUCCUGUUCGAUCAUCCUGAGACACAAAAGCAACUCUCAAAGUGGGCAGGUGAAGCGAAACUUGUCGUGAUCAACCACUUUUUCUGGAAACCUGGAAAACAGUCGUUACAGAAGUCAUUCAAUGGAAUGAUGCGAACACUUCUUUUUGAUCUUUUGGAGGCCAAUCCCGAAUUGAUCAAGAUCGCGUUCCCAGGUGCCUGGGCGCGCAUGACGGAGAACGACAGGUUCAACGAGUCCAUAAUCCCGAUGCCUCUACAAAAAACUCCUCUCGAUGCCCUGUUAGCUCUCCUUAAUGACGAGGCUGUUCAGAGAUCUUAUCGGUUCUGUUUCUUCAUCGAUGCCUUGGACGAGUUUGAAGAUUCUCCCCAGCGCGUUGAUAGGUACAUGGUCGACGCACUUCGCUCUUGGGUCCAAACUUCACCGAACACCAUCAAGCUAUGCGUAUCCAGUCGAGAACAUAAUGUGUUCGUGAACGCAUUCGCCGAUGGCCCAAGGAUCCGGUUACAGGAACUGACUAGGCACGACAUGGAGUGUUUCACACGGUCCAAGCUCGGAUCUAUACAUGAAGCCGCCGUUCGGGAGCGCCUCACACACGACAUCGUCGACAGAUCGGACGGUAUAUUUCUCUGGGUUGUUCUCGUCAUCAAGCAACUCCGCCAAGCUUUGGAAGAUGGUCGCGACACAUCGUCUUUCGAGGAGGAGUUGGCGACGCUGCCUUCCGAGCUGGAAGAAUUGUUCGAGCACCUUCUCAAAUCCAUACAGAAAUCGCAGCGAAAAAGAGCGUAUCAGAUCUUUGCUAUGACGCAUAUCAGGCAUAUGGACAAUUAG